UUUAAAUAGAUACAGUGGCGAGCGUCAAACGUUCGACCGCAGCUGACAGACAGGUACCAGUUUCCUGUCAUAUUUACCUGAAUACUUACCCAUGUUGUGUAGACUGGUCCACGCACACGCUUACUCCGCUGCCUGAUCUACGCUACGUGUGUCUCACUACUGACGCACCAGUUCAUACGUUGGACAGAACCAGAUAACAUCGUGAGCAAGCAUGGCGUCAGGCAUGGCCUACGGGGAUCCCGCCAACCCAUCCCAACUCACCUACGGGGCUCCACUGACCUCCACCUCCAACCCAUCGCCAGCUGGGAUUCCAAACCUAGCAAAUCAAUCUCUAGAGAAUCUGAACCCUGCUUUGUUGCAGCAGCUGGGAAUGGUGGUGACGACACAGCCCCCUCAGUUGCUGAGCCGCCUCCGCAUGGGUGAGGACCCGGUUGGGAUGCAAUGUAUCUUCUGUCAUGGCAACAUCCAGACGUCGACAAGAUACAAAUUUGGCCAUUGUACCUGCGUCAGCAUGGUGAUGAUUUGGAUGCUUGGCGGCUGCUUGGGGUGUUUCCUGAUCCCAUUGUGCAUAGACAAGACCAAAGACGUCAUCCAUACUUGUCCCAACUGCCAGAAGGAAAUUGGACGCCAUCGGAAAUAAUCAGUCAACGAUUCGGCUUAACUCCACCCCGAGAUAGGGGCGUAACUCUAACCAAGAUUGGGGCGUAACUCUACCCCGGUAUAGUGGCGUAACUCUACCCCGAGUUAGGGGCGUAACUCUACCCCGAGAUAGGGGCGUAACUCUUACCAAGAUAGGGGCGUAACUCUACCCCGAUAUAGUGGCGUAACUCUACCCGAGAUAGGGGCGUAACUCUACCCCGAGAUAAGGGCGUAGCUCUACCCCGAGUUAGGGGCGUAACAAUACCCUGAGAUCAUGAGGGGCAUAACUCUACCCGAGAUAGGGGCGUAACUCUACCCCGAGUUAGGGGCGUAACAAUACCCUGAGAUCAUGAGGGGCAUAACUCUACCCGAGAUAGGGGCGUAACUCUACCCCGAGAUAGGGGCGUAGCUCUACCCCGAGAUAGGGGCGUAACUCUACCCCGAGAUAGGGCGUAGCUCUACCCGGAAAUAGGGCGUGGCUUUACCCCGAGAAAGGGCGUGGCUCUACCCCGACAUAGCGGCGUACCUCAACCCCGAGAAAGCCGCGGAAUGAACGAUAUAAUUCAUGUGUUAAAUGUAGUAAAUGUGGACCAGAUCAAAGUUUAAACGAUGUUCUUAAGAGAUAAGUGUUUCAUUAUUGUCAUUGUAUCAGAAGAACCUUAGCAAUAAAUGGGGGUUGACAAUGGGGUAUGUACAAAAGUCAAAUCUCUGAGAAUUAUUUUGAACGGUGCACAGUAUUUUCGCUAACCCUCUGUCAGUCAAGGGCAAGGUCGUCCACUGUUUCUCAACUCAGCUGAGCAGAAUUGCGUCCCUUAGUUGUGUAAACAUCUGCUGAUCACCGCAUCGAAACGCAAAAAAACACAAUUAGUUCGUUGAUAUCAACGGCAUUUGUCACUUUGGGAUUUCCUCCCAAAACAGUUAAAAUACUCAAGAGUUGUUCAAAAGGAUGUCAAACUCGCCAACUGUAUAUAGGUUAGCAUUGUAUAUAGCCCAACAAGGGGAUAAUA